AAUCUCACAAAAACACAAAAUCAAAAACCCAUCAACUCUCUCUCUUCCCCUCAACAAUGUCGACCAAUCUCCUCCCUACUCCUUCCCUCGUUAUCCGUGACUCCGUCAACUCCGACAACAUUCCCCGGAAAACCUCUGCCGGGAAAUGGUGGACGCCGCUCUUCGGCUGGUCGUCUGAUCCCGAUUACAUUGACUCUAGAGACGAAACACAGAUCAAAUCGGAAAAUACUUCAGCGAAACCUAAAUUUACUCCGGGAGUUUUCACGGAGGAAAAGGCGAAGCAAUUGAGAAUGAUGACCAAAGAAACCACGUCGUUUCAUGAUGUCAUGUAUCACUCUGCGAUUGCUUCUCGUCUUGCAACUGAUUUUUCCGGAAAAUCGAGCUCUGAUGAGAAGUGACGGCUGUGUCCGCAUUUUGUCUUGAUUAGGUUUUAGUUUUUAUGUAGUAAUUAAUGUGCUUUUAUUUUGAGUUGAUUAUUUUGCAAUUGCAUCAUGCAUGAAAGUUCGUUUUAGUUAAUUUUAUGGUGAUGUAAUGAAUGAACUUGGACAAAAUUAGUUGGUUUGUCCAAUUCUUCAUCUGUAAUUAUACUAAGCUCAUUUAAUUAUUAGAUUUUAAAUAAUGCAUCUUGUGUA